AUGGAGAAAAGUGCCCUGUCUAUGGGUGUGUCAAAUGCGGAGAAAAUGAAAGGUGGCAACACCUCUCUUCACAUAAAGUGGAUGAUGUUUGAUGUUAUUAUCAUGGGCUCUCCUCUCUCUCCAGUCCUGGCAAACCAGUUGAUGGAAUUCUUAGAAUUGGUGCUUCUUCUCUCCAUCUCCCUUCGUCCUUCAGUUUGGCUGAGGUAUAUCGACGAUGUCUUUGCUCUCUCGCCUCAUGACCCUUCCCUGUUCCCUGAUUCCCAUGUGCAGCUGAACUCUGUCUCUCCUUCCAUCGGUUUCAAGGUGAAAUGGGAGGUUGUCAACAAGCUGCCAUUCUUAGGCACUGUAGUUCAUCACUCUGUUGACAACUUCUCUUGUAUAUACAGGAAACCCAUGCACAGUGGUAUGUACAUACACUUCUUGUCAUACCAUCCACUUUAUGUGAAGAGUGGUGUUGCCACCUCACUGUUCCUCUGCGACCUCUGCAUCUCUGAUCCCCAGUACUUGGAUGGAGAGAUCGAUUUCCUACGGCGUUUCUUCUCCAAUUUGGGCUAUCCUCGCCAUGUUAUCGACGUCGCGUUAUCCAGGGCGUGGCGUACCUUUUACCACGACUCCUCUCCUUAA